AUGUAUCCACCACUUGCUGGUGACGAAGCCAUGGACGACGAAGUUCCCUGUAUGCCGUCUGCAGCAUGGGGUUAUUGUUCUCAAGCGACCCACGUCUCAGUAUCGCCUUCAUUAUCGUCAACGCCGCCAUCCUCAUCGUCUGCCUCAUCUUCGACCAUUUGGUCAACGAACAGCCUCUUUUUACCAGAGUCUCCAACCGGCACGUAUAUUUCCAUGAUGGAUCAGCUUGCAUCUGAUACUUCAAAAUUAAACGGACAAAAUCAAGAAGCUGACGUUUUCACGAAUGUGGGACGACCAAAUAAAGAUAUCCCUGAAUUUGAUCCACAUACCUCUACCACUGAAUUGAGAGAAUCAAGUGACCAAGAAAGUCUCCAGUACUGUGAUCUUGACGCAGCUGCUAAGGAUUUGAGGUUAGGACAACGAAAUAUGGUUUCGCCAACCACUAUAACUCCAGAUCCAUCUUCUUCCUCAACCUCCCCUAAAACAGUGGGUAUGAGUGAUUCAGCUGCGGUUGACGGAGCCUCAGAAGUGAACGCUUUUGAUCCUACCGCAUCAGCAUCAAAUCAGAAAGGAAACGCGACAAAAACUGGAAGCGAGCGCAAAAAGCGAAAGAGGAAGAAGCCUGGCAGUGAACCUUGGGAUGAAGAGAAGAGCAAGAGUUUGCCCCCUUGUCGCGUCUGUAAAGAUCAGGCGUCUGGGUUCCACUACGGGGUCCACACGUGUGAGGGUUGUAAGGGGUUCUUCCGUCGAUCAUUGAAAGUCUACACCACCUUCAAGUGCGUUUCCCGUGGCAACUGUGACAUCACGGGGGCAAGUCGAAAACUGUGUCCCCACUGCCGCUUCCAGAUGUGUCUUGCUGUAGGGAUGUCUAAAGAUGGUGAGUGCACCUGUGUCAGUGAUGUGUGCUAUGCUUAA